CAUAUUCCCUUCAGAAUGGGCAAGACCUUCAAAAACAUACAUGCCACCUCAUUUGGCAAAUUCGAUGGAAAUUCGGACAAAAUACCCCAGUGGAUACGGGCCAACGGAGGCCAAUAUUCCAAGGAUAUCAGCGCAGACAUCACUCAUUUGAUCACCACCAAAGAAGCGUUCAAGGAUGAUGUUGAAGCAGUCUCCUAUGACUGGCUGGAAGACUCUCUCUUAUCUAAGAAUCGGAGACCGAAGCGUGAGACAGAGUAUCUUCUUGCGAAUAUACUCAAGAGCGAGAAGAAUAGGAGAGGAAAGGAUAGAGAGAAAAUAAGGAAGAGGGAGAAAGAAGAGCCUAGAACGAAAGGUACGUUUGCUCUUGGGGGCAAGUUGUUGAUUGUUGGGGUGGAGUCCAACCGACGUAAUCUGAAGAAUCAGGAUCCUUUUGGUAGGAAGAGAAAGGGUGUAAAGGCCGGGACUGCGGUUUCGAGGUAUCACAUCUAUACGGAUGAAGAAGCGAGGGUGACGUACAAUGCUACGCUUGUCCGGUUGAUGCAGGGCAAAAGCUGCAAGGAGAGAUAUGUGGUCAGGGUAUACGAGUCUAAUAGAGAACCUCAUGUCUACGCUACACAUCUCGAGUACAGCCGUAUUGGCAAGCAGCAGAGCCAACUCCUGACACCGCUGAAAGCAGAUCGUGACUUCGCGGUGACGGCGUUCAAGGAGACUUUCAAGAACAAAACAGGUAAGGAGUGGGAAGAGCGGCUGGAUGAUGUCUUACCAGAGGGUAAGAGAGAUACUGUUGGCAAGUUACUGCCUCCUCACCAGAAUUGGUUCUACUACGAGGAUCGGGCUGGACUGUUGUCAAAUUUCCUUCGGGGAGUUGAUGCACCCGACGGCGAUGACAUGGUGACUGUUGAGCAAAAUUAUCUAGAUGCAUCAUUGCAGGGCAUUGAGCACGAGUCGGCACAGGAUGGGAAUGGCAAGAGGCCGGGCAGUGACGAGCCGAUAAUCGUAUACGAUUUGACUGGUCCGGACAUAGAGAUUCUGAGCUGUCCCCGAGAUAAAUAUAUCCGGUCGGCUAGCCCUAAUCGAUGCUGA